AAAUUUUGUUUUUCGAUUACGUAACUAAUUUUUAAUUCGAAAUAAGUUUCAAUCAGUUUUAUCACAGAAAAUAUAAUAUUUCAAGCAAAAUAUUAUACAUAAAAUUAUAAUAUUGUUAAAGUAUAAUAUAAUUAUAAUAUUGUAAUUUUUACACAAUUACAAUUAGUAUUUUUAAUUUGUAAUCUAUUACUGUGCAUAAAUUUAAUAUUUAUAAAAAGAAUGGAUGAUUAUAUUGUAUCAUUAGAUCCUGAAACAGAAAUGUUUUGUACAUUAUAUUUAUUUGAGAAUGUUCAAAAUUCUAAUGAAAUACGUAGGAAAGUUAUGAAUAAUGAACUUUCUUGCUCUGUUAUAAAAGCAUCACUUAUAGUAGAUCCUUUCCAAAUAAUAAUAGCUGCUAAUAAAACUGCAAUUAAUGCAAAGAUGAAUCAGAUUACUACAAAAAAUAUAUAUACUGAAUUAUUAUUUAAUUUAUCAACUUCAAAAAAUAUAUCACGUACAUUAAUAGAAUUUGGAAUCAGUGAUAAUGAUAAAAAUAUACUAAUAGUAUUAUUAUGUAAAGAAAAUGAUAAAAAAUUAAUGUCAGAAACAAUAAUGAAUGUUGUAAAAGGAAAAAAGAUAUCAAUUUCAAGAUUAUCUGAGUUUACAGACUUUGAUUUAAUAAAGAAAAUAUAUAAAAUUGAAGAAGACGAAUUAAAUGUUUCUAAUCUUAUUGAUUCUAUUGUUUCUAGAAUCAGUUGUAAGGAUUUUAUGUCAUUGAAAUGAAAAUAAAAUUUUUCAUGAAAUUA